AUGGCACUCAGAGCAGACGUCAAGACGACCUUCGAACCCAGCCGAGUCAUCCAACCCAUUUAUACCGGCGGCAGCGUCGCCCUCGACCAGCAUGGCCAGUUUCUCGCAACAUGUCUGGGAGAGGAAGCUCUUCUCACCAGCCUGGAUACUGGCGCGCAUCUGGCGCCGAUAGAAGGAGACGGUGAACCCAUCACAACGCUCGCUCUUACGCCAGAUGCUUCAUACCUCAUAGUAUGCUCGCGAUCACUUUCGAUGCGCGUAUAUGCGCUUCAACCGACCGACGACGGGAUAGAGGCGAAGCUGGCAAGGACUCUGAAGCCGCACACAACGCCCGUCAUCACGUCUGCGGUGGACUCGACCAACACAUUACUUGCGACUGGAGGCGCAGAUGGCGUGGUCAAAGUCUGGGAUAUUCGAGGCGGCUACACCACACACACUUUCCACGGCCACAGCGGUGUCAUCUCAGCUCUGCACUUCUUUCAGGUCGACCCAGCGGCCGUGGUUCAGACAACGAAGAACAAGAAGCGGAAGAGUCGGGAUGCCGAGGAGGUUCAAAACGAAGCUACGGCUGGCUUCAGACUGGCUUCUGGUGGUGAAGAUGGCAGGAUACGAAUCUGGGAUCUGCACAAGCGGAAAGCUGUAGCGAAUUUGGAGGCGCAUGCAUCGAUUGUGCGCAGUCUGGACUACUCUUCUGAGCUGAAGAUGCUGCUGUCGGCUAGUCGGGACAAGACUGCCAUGCUUUGGAACUCACGGACGUGGGAGAGUCAAUCGACGAUACCUGUGCUGGAAAGUGUUGAGAAAGCAGGGUUCGUUGUUGGCAGCGCGUACUUGUAUACAGGAGGCGAGACGGCACGAUUGCGGAUAUGGAACACGCAAACUGGGAAGGAGGCCACGGAAGAACAACCCGCAGGUUCAGAAACGGAGGCUAUCCUCGACGUACUUCACCACCCAGGCCUCGAUUUCUUGCUUUCUGUGCACGCCGAUCAGACGCUUCUCUUACAUUCGCUGGAGCCGCUCAAUGGAGCACCCUUGGAGAGCAUACCAUCCCUGCCUGUCUUGCGGCGCAUAUCUGGGACCCACGACGAAGUCAUCGACCUGGCAUACAUUGGCGCUGACCGCAAAAUACUUGCACUCGCCACGAAUCUGGAGGAGUUGCGGCUCAUCUCUGUUGAAGACAGUCAGGCAGUAACCACAUCGAGUCCGUACUUUGGUGCGGACAUCGCGGUUCUCAAAGGCCAUUCAGACAUCAUCAUCACCAUUGACACAGACUGGUCAGGUCACUGGCUAGCGACAGGUGCGAAAGACAACACAGCAAAGCUCUGGCGUCUGGAUCCCGCGAACGACUCCUAUACAUGCUAUGCUACUGUUACUGGACACGCGGAGAGUAUCGGUGCUGUGGCUUUGCCGAACGCAUCUCCACCUGUCGACUCGAAGGAAUACAGCAAUCCUCUUGCGCAUCCGCCCAAGUUCCUCGUCACUGGAAGUCAAGACAAGACGAUCAAGCGUUGGGACAUUGCUUCACAAGCAGGCAAGACGUCGCGAGCUGCGUACACUCGCAAAGCACACGACAAAGACAUCAACGCUAUCGAGACUUCAUACUCAAGCUCUACGCAUCUCUUUGCCUCAGCAUCACAAGAUCGAACUGUCAAGAUCUGGGAUGCCGAGACCGGCGAAGCGAUCGGUGUCUUGCGAGGACACAAGCGUGGCGUUUGGUCUGUUGCCUUUUCGCCACCGAAUACGCCAGCUCUUACCACCAAUGAAAGCGGUGGCGCAAGCAGUGCGAAGGGCAUGGUGGUGACUGGAUCUGGUGACAAGACCGUGCGGAUAUGGAGCUUGAGCGACUUCAGCUGUCUGAGGACAUUCGAAGGACAUGCGAAUAGCGUGCUGAAAGUUGUUUGGCUACCGACACCAGAUCAGAGCAGAAACGGCAGCAGAGGGGCCGUGCAGGUAGCAAGCGCUGCUGGCGAUGGUCUGGUGAAAGUCUGGGAUGCACAAGGCGGGGAGUGCGCAGCAACGCUCGACAAUCAUAUUGAUCGUGUUUGGGCGCUAGCUGUGAAACCUGCACCAAUCAUACCAGCCGACCAAGCCAAGAAGCGCGGUCAACAAGACUCGACCAUGACCGACGUUGAGGCGGAGGAAGCAGAAGAAGAAACACCCGAUCCUGCCUCCUCCCUCACCCUCGUCUCAGGCUCCGCAGACGCCACCCUUACCUUCUGGACCGACACAACCGCCACCACCGCCCUUCAAGCAACCACCCGCGCCACCGCCCGCAUCGAACAAGACCAAGAACUGCAAAACCACAUCCGCUCCGCCAACUACCGCGACGCCAUCGUCCUAGCCCUCCAGCUCAACCACCCCAAACGCCUCCUCGACCUCUUCACCGCCGUCGUCAACGGCGAGCACGAACCCGGCAGCUUCUCCGGUAAAACCGAAAUCGACGAAGUCCUGGCGAGUUUGAGUGAUAGCCAACUCUGGAAUCUCCUCUGCCGCCUCCGCGACUGGAACGCUAAUGCGAGGACGCACAACGUCGCGCAGCAUAUCCUCUACGCCCUGCUAUGUCUGCAUCCGAAAGAGCGGCUGCUCAACCUCCGCAAUCGUCGGAAGAAAGGCCAGAGUGCUGCGGUGAACGGCGAGCUGGUAGAGGCGAUGGCGGCGCUGGAUACGCAGGACCGAGAAGAUGGUGGUAGCGGAGGGAAGAGCAAGGAGAGCGUGAAGGAUGUCGUGGAUGGGUUGAAGGCAUAUACGGAGCGGCAUUAUGCGAGGUUGGAGCGGGCGGGGGAGGAGCGGUUUGUGCUGCUUUGGGCGCUGCAGCAGAUGGACGAGGUGGGGGGUGGCGUUGAUGGUGGUGAGUUGACGAAUGGUACGGUCAAUGGCGUUGCUGGUGAAGGCAGGGACGAUGUGAUGAUGUUGAACGAGACGUAG